GUUGAUGAGAAACUUGGGAGAGCCAGUAGAUUGGUCUAGCCGGGUGCAGACGCUCUUGACGCCUGUGGAGAGACUUUGUGCAAACAUUUCCUCGCUGGACACGGAGGGAUGCGACAGGAGGCUGCCUGCGGUACAUCUUGGACCGUCAGACAAAUGUGCCCGCACUUGUGAGGGUGCCGCGAGGAAGAUGAGGCCGGAACCCAGCAGGAUAGGGCCCCGGAGGAGGACCGCGGGGCCCCGGCCGGGGGUCCGCGAGUUGCCCACCCACAGCCCUGCCUCCCCGGGGGCCAGCUCUCUCCCCUCCCGUGGGAAGCGCUCUCUCCAGUCCCCUGCUCGGCCCUUCCUCGCUCUGCUGCUUCUGGUUUCCGUCAAGCAAGUUACAGGAUCUCUCCUUGAGGAGACAACUCGAAAGUGGGCUCAGUACAGAGAGAAGUGCCUGAGAGACUUACUCAAACAACCUUCCGGCGUAUUUUGUAACGGAACCUUUGAUCGGUAUGUAUGCUGGCCUCAUUCUUCUCCGGGAAACGUCUCCGUUCCCUGCCCUUCAUACUUACCUGGGUGGAGUGAAGAGAGCCCGGGAAGGGCCUACAGACGCUGCCUGGCUCGAGGCACUUGGCAGACGCUGGCGAACCGCACAGUUUGGCAGGAUGACUCCGAAUGCUCUGAGAACCACAGCAUCCAAAAAAACGUGGAACACCACACCUUGCUGUCCACCUUGCAGCUGUUGUACACCGUGGGCUAUUCCCUCUCCACUGUCGCCCUCCUCCUGGCUCUCACUCUCCUCCUGUUUCUUCGAAAGCUCCACUGCACCCGCAACUACAUCCACAUGAACCUGUUUGCUUCCUUCGUCCUGAAAGCCCUGGCCGUGGUGGGGAAGGACAUUGUCUCCCACAACUCUUACUCCAGGAGGCCCGACACCGAGAGGGAGUGGGUGUCCUACAUGUCCGAGAUUUCCACCUCCUGCCGCUCCGCCCAGGUUCUGCUGCACUACGUCGUGGGCGCCAACUACUCCUGGCUGCUGGUGGAAGGCCUGUACCUCCGCACGCUGCUGGAGCCCACGGUGCUCUCUGAGAGGCGGCUGUGGCCCACGUACCUGCUGGUGGGUUGGGGCUUCCCACUCCUGUUUGUUGUGCCCUGGGGCAUCGCCCGUGCGCAGCUGGAGAACACAGGAUGCUGGGUAAACAACCGAAAUAAGGCAAUCUGGUGGAUCAUCCGAGGACCCAUGCUUCUUUGUGUAGCAGUCAACUUCUUCAUCUUCCUGAAAAUUCUCAAGCUUCUCAUUUCUAAGCUCAAAGCCCAUCAAAUGUGCUUCAAAGAUUACAGAUACAGGUUGGCAAAAUCGACGCUGGUUCUCAUCCCUUUAUUGGGUGUUCACGAGAUUCUCUUCUCUUUUGUCACUGAUGAUCAAGUUCAAGGAUUUUCAAGACUUGUACGACUCUUCAUCCAGUUGACUCUGAGCUCCUUCCAUGGACUACUUGUGGCCUUGCAGUACUGCUUUGUCAAUGGAGAGGUGAAGGCCGAGCUGCGGAGGCACUGGGGCCGCUUCCUGCUGGCCCACCACUCGGGCUGCAGAGCCUGGGGCCUGGAGAAGAACUUCCGGUUCCUGGGGAAGUACCCCAAGAAGCUCUCCAAGGGAGACAGUGCCAGGGCGCUGCAGAAGUCACAGUCCUCGCCUGGCGGCGGGCAGCUCCUGCCGUUGACCACGCAGGGCCUGGGGGAGCCGGGCACCAGGUCCCACGGGGGCCACACACCCUGGCGCUGGGGUCGCAGCCUGUCCGAGAGCAGCGAGGGGGACUUCACCCAGGCCCACACCAUGGAGGAGAUUCUGGAGGAGAGUGAGAUGUAGGCGGGCUCCUGCAACAGGUGCUGUGGGGUGCCAUCAUCGCUCUUCCUGGGCACCAGGUCCACUUCGACAUGAAGUCUAUCUCGAGGUUCUUCAUGCUCUGAUGAGGUUGUGCAAACAGUCACUGCUUCUGCCUGCCAUUGUCAUCUACAACCUCCACUGGCGAAUUUUCUAGAAUGACCAUCAGCCCCUGGGGAGGCCCUAAAUUAAGUGAACGGAGCCCCAAGAUACAGAGAGAUGUCCUCUAUAAAAGAAGGGGUGGCCAAUAUCUUUUCCUUUAUCCCUCAUGGCAGAAGGUUUCCCUCUGAGGCUGGGUUUGGGGUGUAUAAGGACCACAUGGGAAGUGUUUUACAUGCAGAGUUGGGCUCCUGGAUGAUUCUAAGAAAGUACGUCUGGAGUGAUGGCCAGGGUUGGGAGUUGUGUAACAAGCAUCCCAGAUAACUCUGAUGAAAGCCCAGUGUGCAGAAGCGAGCAGCCCCCUGAGUGAUCAAUGGUGUGACAAAGCCAGUGAUGUCCUGGAUUCAACAGCUCAGCUGUGACCCGCUCGCCCCCCUCAGACAGUGUGCAACCCCACGCCACCCAGAACCCCAUUCAUUUCCUUGUCCAGUCUUCCCCCCUGCCCCGCCCCCAUCUCAGUUCUUCAUCUGUGGUCAGCAGAAGUUCUGUUUGAUUCUUAACAAUGUCCUCCUUCCUGUCAGGGUUGGCCCCAGUCUCUCUGAAAGUCCCCAUUGGUCCUUUCCUCCCUUUUUGGCUCUACCCAUCUUUGCCCUUCUGAGCGUGGCUUCUUCAAGCCUAGCUUGCCCUCCCAUUCUUGGCCAUUUUUGGGUUGUCACUGACACACUGGUGCUCAAGGCUUGCCCACUGCUCCCCCUGACCCUAGUCCCCGCUGAUAAGAAUCCCACUGCCUCCAUGGGAAUGGGUGCUGACAGCUUGGUGGAGGGAUGGGACUGUGCUGAUCUGACAUGCCAGGAGGGCACAGUGGGAUCUGGUCUGGCUUGGAGCAAUGAGUUGUGCUCCAGACCUUGAGAAGAGGGUGCUUCUGGAGGCUGAGGGGGGCCCAGGCAAUUCGGGUCUGGCUCAGUGGCUGAAACUAUAAGGCAAGAAACUGAAAGAUCAAAGGAGGGGCAUCCCAUGGAAAUGGGGUGUUAAUGUCUCUUUCACAGUGUGCAAAACGUAUGUGUAUGUGGGUGGGGUAUGUUGCCAUGGGACUAAAUACUGCCUCGUGUGAGAGGGGGGCUCUAUGUUACUUCUCAAGUAGGGUUGCCAAAUUUAGCAAAUGAAAAUACAUGAUGCUCAAUUAAAUUUGAACUCCAGAUAAAUAAACUUCCCGUAUAAGUAUAUCCUGUGGCAUAUAUUGUAUUUAAAAUUCCAUGCUAAUUGUGCGUCCUGUGUUUUACCUGGCAACCCUAUUUUCAAGGACACUUUACAGUGGGACUGGGACUAGAGUAAGUGAGGGUGUCAAAUUUAAGAGAGUACUACAAAGCCUCAACUGUCAAGAUCAGGAAUAUUUUAAUGCAAUAUUUUAAAAAAUGAAAUCUGCAAACUACAGCCCACAGGCCAUUAUAACAAAUGUUCUAUUGAAACCAGGGCCCAGGUGAGAGUGAGGAGAAUUAGGCCAGCUCAUGCAAGUGCAUGGUCGGAUCAUGGCUUUAUUUAACAUUUUAAUAUUGCUCACUGUAGACUUCUUAACAUUCAUUUUUAUUUUUAAACUACUGCAUUAAAAUGUUAUUUAUUUUGAUUACUGAAUUUUUGCCCCCUCCCCCUUAAAUUUUGUAUCUGAGGCCACUGCUCAUCUUGCCCUCACCCUUGUCCUGGCUCUGCUUUGCAACAGGGGAAACUGAAGCAAAGGCAUAGGCAAGUGCAUAACCAAGGUUUGUUUUCCAGUGUCCCGAUUAUCCAUAAUUCAAUCACCAAAUCAUAUGUCCUUCAAAUUUUUCCUUUCUGCAAAUUCCUGCCUUUUCUCAUGAGCCUACUAACUCCUAGAAAGCUGGGGCCAUGUCGUAUUCCAAGCUUGCUCCUAGCACAGCUGGUUCCGGGUAGGUUCGGGGGACACAUGCAUCGAAUGAGACAAGACAGAAAUGUCUCGGAAGUGAUAGAUGCUGUCUGGGGUCAAUUAUCCAGGACCCUGUCAAAUAGGAGAAGUAAGUGGUUUUUUUCCAUAGCAUUUGUAAAUAUGUUUUUGACCCCUCACUCCACAAAUGGGGUGGCACAUACACACUACUUUCUAAUAAUUAAAAUAACAGGUGCCCUAACCGGUUUGGCUCAGUGGAUAGAGCAGGCCUGUGGACUGAAAGGUCCCAGGUUCGAUUCCGGUCAAGGGCAUAUACCUUGGUUGUGGGCACAUCCCCAGUAGGAGGUGUGUAGGAGGCAGCUGAUUGAUGUUUCUUUCUCAUCAAUGUUUCUAACUCUCUAUCCCUCUCCCUUCUUCUCUGUAGAAAAUCAAUAAAAUAUAUUUAAAAAAUAAAAUAAAAUAACAGGUUUAUUUGGUUUGUAUUUUGUUGAUUCUUU